AAACAUUUUAUCUGGCAACCCAGUAUAAGAUACAAAAAAUACAUGUGAGACAGAACUUUAACAAUACUUAAUAUCUGCCAUAUGCAGCUCACUUUUUUUUUUUUCUCUCCUGCCAAUUCUGUCCUAUUAUACUGAAUUCCCUGCCCAUGAACCUGUGGUUUGCAAAACACCGAUCUAGGGCAGGUGUCUCCCCCUGGACGUCCUGACCCAGGCUGCAAUUUAUCUAUACUGUGAAGCAGGUAGGAGAGAAGGGUGGCCACAGCUUUCUAAGCGGUGCAAACAUUUCAAUUCUCUUUCUGCAAGGUUCAAGCCCUACUGUCAUAGGGCUGGCAAAAAUCCCAGGAGCAACUGGUGACCAGGCAGAAAGGCAGGGAGCAGAGCCGCAAGCUCAAUAAACAUCUGCCUUCUUAACGAAUUUUCCUUGCGCGUCUGUUUCGUGCCAGGCACUGUGCUGGGCCUCAUUUCUUCUCCCGACCUCUUUUUCGGUGGAAGAACAAAUUAGCCAUCCCCACUCCCCAGAGAGGUAAAGAGCCUCCCACUGCCUGCCCUCAAAUGACACCUCCUGCACCCGGAUCCUGAUCCUGGACCAUGGCCAGGCGCUGGGCUGAGCGCUUUGCCUGCACCUUCUCAGUACAUCCUCCCAGCACACAUAGCAGGAUCCUAGCCUCCCGACUGCACAGUGCCCCUGAGGCGCUCAGCUGCCUGGGUCCACAGGAGGCCACGCCAUGAAUGACCCAAACAGCCGGAGAAGGACGCUGAAGAAAGACGAUGAGGCCUUCGAGAUCUCCAUCCCCUUCGAUGAGACGCCCCACCUAGACCCACAGAUCUUUUACAGUCUGAGCCCCUCUCGGGGAAACUUCGAGGAGUCUCCGGAGGCCCCAUCCCCAACAGUAGCCCUGAUGAAUGGUGUCAGGGCCCAGCUGCACAUGGCCCUGGAGAGGAACUCCUGGUUACAGAAGCGCAUUGAGGACCUGGAGGAGGAGAGGGACUUCUUGCGGUGUCAGCUAGACAAGUUUAUAUCCUCUGCCCGCAUGGAUGCAGAGGAUCACUGCCGGGUGAAGUCUGGGUCCAGGCGGGUUGAGGGGGAUGGCAGGGGUGGGGCUGGGGGCGAGGCCUCAGACCCGGAGUCAGCGGCCUCCUCGCUCAGUGGAGUGUCUGAAGAAGGCAGUACGGUGGAGAGGAAGAGGCAGAAGCAGAAGGGAGGUGCUGGCCGGAGGCGCUUUGGGAAGCCCAAGGCCCGGGAGAGGCAGCGGGUGAAGGAUGCAGACGGUGUCCUCUGCCGCUACAAGAAGAUACUGGGCACCUUCCAGAAGCUGAAGAGCAUGUCCCGGGCCUUUGAGCACCACCGCGUAGACCGCAACACGGUGGCGCUGACCACGCCCAUCGCGGAGCUGCUCAUCGUGGCCCCAGAGAAGCUGGCGGAGGUAGGCGAGUUCGACCCUUCCAAGGAGCGUCUGCUCGAGUACUCGCGCCGCUGCUUCCUGGCCCUGGACGACGAGACCCUCAAGAAGGUGCAGGCUCUCAAGAAGAGCAAGCUGCUGUUGCCCAUCACCUACCGCUUCAAGCGGUGAUCCCACCCUACUUGUCCCUCCGUGCCCCUCCUGGCACCGGGCGGGCGUGUGCAUGAGUGGUGUGCUCCUCCCGAGAGCCUAGGGGCUGGCGGCGUAUUUCCCACCCAGGUCCCUGGCCCCCUCCUCUCCUCUCCCGUCCCUGGCCUUCUCUUUCUUCGUCUGCAUUCCCCGGGGAGGGGCGUCUACUUAGCUGGGCUCACCGGAGCCGCCGCGCAGGGCUCUGCCUUUCCCCAGCACUGGCCCCCUCCUCUGCCCCGGCGGGCCCCUGCUUCCUGGGGUGACUGCGAGACUCUCCGCGGGGCCAGGCACUGUACAUAGCCCGUCCCCACCCCAGCCCCGAGGAGAGGCUGGCCCGCUCUGCCAGGAGCUCUCCACCCGCAUUCCGGACGAAGAAUUAUUCAGAGGAUUUAAAUUAAAGAGAGACAAUAAAAUUUGGAAUAAACUCG